CCCUCACUCACGUGGCGACGGCCACCAUGCAUCGCCCCUCACAAAGAUGGCGGCCGGCCCGGGGGCGGGGCGUGAGGGCGGAAGUGACGGGUGGUUGUUUCCGGAAGUGGUGGUGGUCUGCGGAGGAUGGAGUCGGAGGGCUGCAGGGUGGUCUUCGAGAAGGACGGGGUUUUCCUGCACACCAGCGCCAAGCGCCACCCAGAUCAGGACUCGCUCAUCCCGGGGCUUGUCCGCAUCCUCGACAAGGGCUCAGACCAUCUGCUGCAGUGGACGCCCCUGGAGGAAGCCGGUGAUGCUCCCCCGAUUGUUUUCUCCAAGAAGGAGUCCCCGGGCGUGGCCGAGGAGGAGCCUUUCGAUCCGGGCUACGAGCCUGACUGGGCCGUGAUCAGCACCGUGAAGACCCGGACCCGGCCGCAGGAGGAGCCCCCGGGCUCCGUGCCCCCGGCCAGCCCCUGGGCGCAGUGGGCCUUCACGCUCAGCCUCUCUGAGCUGCAGUCGAUCCGCCGGAGCCGGCCGGGGCUGGGCUGGUCCUACCUGAUCUUCAUCAGCCGGGAGAGCGGGUCCCUGCCUGCCCUCCACUUCCACCGCGGGGGCAGCAAGGCCCUGCUGCGGGCACUCUGCAAGUACCUCAUCCUGGCCAUCUCCCCCAAGGACUCGCGGCUUUACCUGGUCUACAGCCAUGACUCGUACGCGCUGUCACACGCCUUCGACGAGCUGCAGCUGUUCGAUGAGAACUCCUCCAACCUAGUGUCGCGUUUCCUGCAGGACCCCUACACUGCCACUUUCGGGGGCUUCUCCAAAGUCACCAGCUUCUUCCGCGGGGCCCUGCACCACGAGGCUGGCACCCCCCUGCGGCCCUCGAGCACCGCCACCACUAGCCUGGAGGAUGAGCCAGGCUUCGAGGUCAUCAGCUGCCAGGUGCAGCUGGGGCCGCGGCCGGCCGUGUGCCGGGAGGCCCCGGUGACGGAGCAGGAGUGGGGGCAGCACCUGGACCCCGAGGGGCGCAUCACCCACCUGGACGGGCUCAAGAGGAGGAUCUUUGCUGGGGGCCUCACCCCGGCGCUGCGCAAGGAAGCCUGGAAGUUCCUGCUGGGCUACUACGGUUGGGAGAGCACCAGCGAGGAGAACCGGGCCCGGGCCCGCCGCAGAACGGACGAGUAUUUCCGCAUGAAACUGCAGUGGAAGUCGGUGAGCGAGGAGCAGGAACGGCGGAACUCCCUGCUGCGCGGCUACCGCAGCCUCAUUGAGCGGGACGUGAGCCGCACCGACCGAAGCAACAAAUUCUACCAGGGCAGCGAGAACCCGGCGCUGGUUCUGCUCCACGACGUGCUCAUGACCUAUUGCGUGUACAACUUCGACCUGGGCUACGUGCAGGGCAUGAGCGACCUGCUCUCCCCCGUCCUCUACGUCACCCAGAACGAAGUCGACGCCUUCUGGUGCUUCGCGGGUUUCAUGGAGCUGGUGCACCAUAACUUCGAGGAGAGCCAGGAGAGCAUGAAACGGCAGCUGGCACAGCUGGGGCUGCUGCUGCGUGUACUGGACCCGCCGCUCUGCGACUUCCUGGACUCGAAGGAAUCCGGCUCUUUGUGUUUCUGCUUCCGGUGGCUCCUGAUCUGGUUCAAGCGGGAAUUCGCCUUCGACGACGUGCUGCAGCUCUGGGAGGUGCUGUGGACGGGGCUGCCCUGCCCGAGCUUCCACCUGCUGGUGGCCUGCGGGAUCCUGGACUCGGAGCGCGAGGCCCUAAUGAACUCGGGGUUCAGCUUCAGUGAGAUCCUCAAGCACAUCAACGAGCUGACCAUGAAGAUGAGCGUGGAGGAGACGCUGUGCCGGGCCGAGGCGCUGUACGGACAGCUGGCGGCCAGCCCCGAGCUGCCACGGAACGUGCAGGAGCUUCUGGGGCUGGGGGGUCCUGCGGGGGGCAGCCCCCCAGCCACUCCCCCCCAGCCCCUCUCUUCCGUCCAGGCCCCGGGACUGGAGCUGACGGGCAGCGUCUCGACCCCCCGGCCUGACAGCAGCAUCGAGAUCCUGCCCCCCGAGGAGCCCGCCAUGGCCCAGAGCCCCCUGCCCUGAGCCGGACGCCGGGGUCUGCCCACCCCUGCCGGCUGCUCAAACCAGCACUUUAACAGGGGUCGGGGGUCCCAUUGUGCCCGGGGGGGGGUGUCGGGGCAGACCUUGUUCCCAGGGUGCACUGGGUUCUGCUCCCGGACCCGCGACCUCAGACUCCUGGGUUCUGAGCCCCGGCCCCCUCCCCGAGCCCGGACUCCUGGGUUCUAGCCCUGGUUCUGGCGAGGGGAGGGGGUCCUUCAAACACCAUCAUCCCACUUGCCCGGGCCCAUGACCUUCGGGGGGGCUGGGCCUGACCCUCAUGCCAUAUGGGGGAGCAGCAGGUGGGGCGACACCCAUAUUCUCGUGGCCUCGGGGGGUCCCCCGAGUUGCCUGUGAGUGGAAGUGGGGGGCAGCCUGGGAACCAGGACUCCUGGUUCCCCCGGAGGUCCAUCCCCUGCCCUCCCCCCCGGCCCAGCUGCUGUUCACCCCAGCCCCGGGGCUCCCCCAUUGCUGCCCUGAGGCUCGCUGCUUUCUGCGAUGUACAGACCCCAAAGGGCUGGGGGGUCCCUACUGCUCCCCAGACACUGACACCCCCCCUAACAGCUGCUGUCCUGGGGGGCCCUGCCCCUCCUGCUUCCUUUGUAAUGUACAUUAAAAACUCAUGUUUACCAAA